AUGGCAGAAUUCUCAAAACAAUGUUUCUUUAUGCUUAUAGUCCUCUCAUUAGCAGUAAUUCUUACCAUGCCAACAAAUGCAACUGAACCUACAGACCCAUUUGAGCUAUCAUUAGGCAGUGAUACCAUGCCUGAAGACCAAUCUGAUGAGCUCUCAUCACUUGCAAAUAACACCACACCUACAAACCCAAUUGAAAAUUCAUUUGCUCAAGCUCCUGAUCAAACCCAAUAUGACUCUCUCUCACCACAAUACUCUGCUCCUUCCCCUUAUGCAGGAGAUGACCCACUCUCUUCAGCAUACCAAUACAAUUCUCCUCCUCCUUAUAUCGAAUCAUUAGCUCCUGAAUAUGAAUACUAUUCUCCUUCUCCUUCUCCUUCUCCUUACGGUGAAGAAGAACCCCUGGCUCCUGAAUAUGAAUCAGACAACUCUCUUUCUCCUGAAUAUGCUUCUCCUCCUCCUCCUUAUUUCGAAGCUAUGGCUCCUGAAACUGAAGGCGAUGGUUUCUACUCUCCGCUUGAAGCUCCUGUGCCCGCUCCAUCCAUGGCUAUGGAAUCGGACACUGAUGAGUCUUCUCCAAAGCUCCCUCCUGCAACACCCUUCAGUUACAGUGCUGAAGAUGAUGCUGGGGUGUUUGAGCAAGAACCAGAAGUUUCUUCGCGUGGAAAUGGAGGAACUCUGGCUGGGCUUAUAAUUGGUGGUGUUUGUAUUAUUGGGUUGGGAGCUUUGGUGUGCAAGAAGAGGAAGGAUAAGAAGAGAAGCACACAGUACAAAUACUUGGGUAAGCGAGAGGAGCUCGAGAUAUUCUAG